UUGGUUUUCUUGAAAUCAGCUGGUAUCAAAGCUAUUUUCGACGCACAUUACAGAAAUUCCUCAAAAAUAAUUAAUAAUUAUUCAAGUUUUUGGUUAGAUUAGAGCAUUCGAUUUGGUUAAUAGGUCACUCACUUUCACCUUGAGCCGAAGAAUUACCGAAGAAUGAGAUCCUAUCGAGUUGAUGAUUAUGAUAAUACAUACAAAAAGUCGAGGAAACCACAAGUGGAGAAGCAACGUCGUCUUCGGAUCAACGACAACCUCAACCAGCUGAGAGACGCCAUCCUCAGAGUACUCGGCAAGUCGGCCUACACAAAACUGGAAAAAGCAGAUGUUCUAGAAGUGACAGUCCAAUUUCUGAACGACUUCAUUGCCGCACGACAAUUCGGUUGUGCCCCUCCUACUUACCCACCAAUCAACACAUCCCCAACACAGCAGCCAAUCACAACUGUCAAUCAAAAUCCUAUUCAUGCCAACCAAGUUAUGACGUCACAAUACAGUCAGCAUCAUUUUCUAGAUCAAUUAAAAUUUCAACAUGUCAGCGGAUUCCAGCAUAAUCUUCCGAUUACGUCCGGAAAUAUUCUAGAAGCUUCCGAACCACACACUAGACGCGCAGCGCAGUUUUCCCAGUGCAGUUUUGAACAGUUUGAGGGAGAUUCCGAGCCCGAAGUUCGAGUUUUUGAAAGUGACGAGAGUUCACGGAGUACUUCGACUGUUUUGUCAGAUAUAUCUUCAUCCACAAAUCUUAGUAAAAAAGAGAUGCAUAGGAAUCCAAAUGCUCAAAAGAAGAGGCUUCGAUCGGAAAGCUUUUGGAGGCCUUUUUAAAACCCAAAAUUUUAAAUCCUACCCUAUUUCCAAUUUUAAUGACUGUUCAGUUUACUUUAUGAAUCUCUUUGCAAUAAAACUCAAAAUCACUCCCCAUUUUUUGCGAGCGCUUUUGACUCCAGUUAUCAUUUUUUAUAUCCAUGUUCUUCUCCUCACCUUACCAUGUAAAACUUUUUGCUAGCAAAAAAACAUAACCUCGCGACGGACCUGUU